UUUUGGCUUUUGUAAUCCAGUGCAUAGACACAUACACUCCUCUAGCUGACUAGGCAACCGAGAAAAUACAGGUCACCCCAGCAGAUGGGGAUUCUUCUGCAUAUGACUGCAUUUCAGCUCCUGUAGCAAAAAGUGAAUAUUAUGAGAGUUGGUUUGAUGCAGCUUGAUGUUCCCUUUCACCGGCUCCUUUGCCAACGUACAGUCGUCAUCUCUUUUGGGUUUACUUCCCACUUAGCCAUGUACUGCAGCCUCCAGGAAACGGAGAUCACAGAUGCAUGUCCUGUACUGAGAAGGCAGCUAAUGAGACACAGCUGGAGAUCAACUUCUCUUGCCCCUUAAAGUGGUUCAUUUGUCCUGAAUGGAUUUGUGCAACACAUUCUUCCAAAAUUUCCAGUUCAAUUAAGGUUAAGAAUAGCAUGAAAUGAUAACUGCAAAGAAGAAAAAAAUUAGGGAGACAGAAUCAAGAAUGAAGGCACAGAAUCAGAACAAGACAUAAGCGGACUACCUUAGCUGAUGUUGUCUUGUCCACAAGAUGGAAGUGCCAAGUAUCAAGGACUUUCAGUGGAAAACUCUAGCACCUCUGCCCAGCCCAAGGGUCUAUUGCUCCCUAGUGGAGGCUGGUGGGCAGGUCUUUGCCAUCGGGGGUUGUGAUGACAAUGGCAUUCCAAUGGAUUGUUUUGAGGUGUACUCCCCUGAGGCCAACCAAUGGAAUUCUCUCCCUCCAAUGCCUACAGCCAGGGCAGGGGUAGCUGUAGCUACACUGGGCAAGAGAAUAAUGGUGAUUGGAGGUGUUGGAGCCAACCAGACGCCUUUGAAGAUCGUGGAGAUGUACAACAUAGAUGAGGGCAAGUGGAAGAAAAGAAACUCCUUGAGGGAAGCCUCGAUGGGGAUCUCUGUAACGGUGAAAGACUACAGAAUCUAUGCAGCAGGUGGAAUGGGAGGGGACCUUCGCCCUCACAAUUAUAUGCAGCAUUAUGACAUGCUAAAGGACAUUUGGGUGUCGCUGGCAACCAUGCCCACACCCAGGUAUGCUGCCACCUCCUUCCUGCGGGGCGCAAAGAUCUAUGUGCUGGGCGGAAGGCAAUCCAAAUAUGCUGUGAAUGCCUUUGAAGUCUUUGACACUGAGACCAGAUCAUGGACCAAAUUUCCCAACAUCCCCAGCAAAAGGGCUUUUUCCAGCUUUGUGUGCGCAGAGAACAACAUCUUCAGCCUUGGGGGGUUGCGGCAGGGCAGGUUGUACCGUCAGCCCAAGUUUAUGAAGAAUGUGGAUGUGUUUGACAUUGAGCAAGGGGGCUGGAUGAAGAUUGAGCGUUCAUUCUUUCUGAAGAAACGGCGGGCAGACUUCAUAGCUGGCUACUUGAAAGGAAGAAUCGUCAUAGCUGGAGGACUAGGAAACCAACCAACCGUUCUGGAAUCAGCAGAGGCCUUUCAUCCUGGAAAGAAUAAAUGGGAGACCCUGCCACCUAUGCCCACCCCACGAUGUGCCUGCUCUAACAUUGUGGUAAAAAACUGCCUAUUGGCUGUAGGUGGAGUGAAUCAGGGCCUGAGUGACGCAGUAGAAGCACUGUGUGUCUCUGAUUCCUAGUUGUCUUGUCUCCAGACAGCACAGCAAGCAACUGAGGAAGUGAUAGCUCUGCAGUUUUGAGUGGUGGGCCAGGCCUACUCAACAAAGGAAGAGUUGACAACUUUCCUAAACCAUCCCUCUCACUCUGCUGCUUUCCUGUAACUCCCUUUGCUGGGUGUCUCACAGAAGGAGGUUUUGUGCUUCAUACAGCUCCACACAUGGCUAGCAGAAGCUCUCCCUUGUGACAAUGUCAUCUUUGCAACUGUUGUGGAGCUCCACCGCCGGUCAACUCUGAAUGGCCAAGGAACAUGCUACCUUUGCCAUAAAGGUGGUAUGUUUCAGUCAAGAAUUAGGAACUGCACUUGUUUUGCCUUCCUCUGAAGUAUUGUGUUCUAGAUACAGUUGUUGAAUUAAUCAUACAAGCCUCCACUGGCUUCUUCAAAGUGUUAUUCACAGGUUAACAAUGGAAACAAAGGAAGAACUGAAUCCCAUAGAGCUUCUAUGUCCUGGUGCUCUUUAAAAUGAACCCAUUAGAUUUCCAGGUGUUCAGGGUUCAAAACAUCUUGAAUGAAUUUCCAGGGUGCUUUCUAAUCACGCAGCUAGAUGGAUGGUGAACCACCCCUAUCUAGAGCAACCAAUUUGAUACCUUGAUUGACAGUUCCUGCAAUUAAAGUUACACAUUGCUUCUUCCUGAGGACUGAAAGCUACAAGGCAAUAGUCAAGAAAUUAGUUUAUGUACAGGGAUGCCUCUGCACCAUGGACCAAAAUUAUAGUACCUGCAAUGCACACUCUCACACAUGAACACACACACUUUUCAGGUUGUUCUUAUGCAGUGUUUUGGUCCAGUUCAUUAUACACAAAGGGCCAAUCAGAAAACCUGGAUUGAGCUCAUUAUAGCCAGGGUUUGUAGAGCAGGAAUAUUAUGAAUUCUGCUCAUAACUGCUUUCCCCUGAAGCCCAUGGCAACAACAAAGCUUGGGUACCUGUUAUUUUUAUUGUAUUUCAUAUAUUUUCUUCAUUACUUUGGCACAGAAGUUGAAAUUGUCAGUGUCAUCUGAAUUAUGUAUGAUGGAUCAAUUGUAGCAAUCCUGCUUAGUUAUUUGUAAUUAGCACAAUUAAACUCUAUAUUAAUAUAGUAACUUGAGCACUUUUUAUAUACCAUUAAGGCCAAGACAAAUGUACACCCAAAAGAAGCUGAAAAGGCUAUGGAUGUGCUUUGAGUUUAUUUAUUAUAUAUUUAUUUAUUUAACU